AUGCCCUCUUGGGCCCUCUUCAUGGUCACCUCCUGCCUCCUCUUGGCCCCUCCAAACCAGGCACAAGUCACCAGCCAAGAUGUCUUCUCGCUGGCCUUGGGCACAGAGCCCCUGAAUUGCUUUUCCCAAACAUUUGAAGAUCUCACCUGCUUCUGGGAUGAAGAAGAGGCAGCACCCAGUGGGAUAUACCAGCUGCUGUAUGCCUACCCAGGAGAGAAGCCCCGUGCAUGCCCCCUGCAUUCCCAGAGUGUGCCCACCUUUGGAACCCGCUAUGUGUGCCAGUUUCCAGCCCAGGAUGAAGUGCGCCUCUUCUUUCCGCUGCACCUCUGGGUGAAGAAUGUGUUUCUCAACCAAACUUUGAUCCAGAGAGUGCUGUUUGUGGAUAGUGUGGGCCUGCCAGCCCCACCCAGUGUCAUCAAGGCCAGGGGUGGGAGCCAACCAGGGGAACUUCAGAUCCAGUGGGAGGCCCCUGCUCCUGAAAUCAGUGACUUCCUGAGGCAUGAACUCCGCUACAGCCCCACAGACUCCAGCAACACCACUGCACCCUUGGUCAUUCAGCUGCUCUCCACAGAAACCUGCUGCCCCACUUUGUGGAAGCUGAACCCAGGCCCUGUUCUUGACCAGCCUCCAUGCAUUCAUCCUACAGCAUCCCAACAGCAUGGACCAGUGAGGACCUCCCUCCCUAACUGGAGAAGUACCCUCACCCUUUCUCCUCCCCAAUAUGCUCCAUCUCUGACAGUGAAGGGUGGAAGCUGUCUUGUCUCAGGCCUCCAGGCUGGCAAGUCCUACUGGCUCCAGCUACGCAGCCAACCUGAUGGGGUCUCCCUUCGUGGCUCCUGGGGACCCUGGUCCUUCCCUGUGACUGUGGACCUUCCAGGAGAUGCAGUGACAAUUGGACUUCAGUGCUUUACCUUGGAUCUAAAGAAGGUUAUCUGCCAGUGGCAGCAACAAGACAGAACUAGCUCCCGAGGCUUCUUCCGCCACAGCAGGACACGGUGCUGCCCCACAGACAGGGACCCCACCUGGGAGAAAUGUGAAGAGGAGGAGGAAGAGGAGGAAGAGGAGGAGCUGGAUCCCGGAUCACAGCCCACUCUGUUCUCCCGAUGCCACUUCAAGUCACAAAAUAACAGUGUUAUUCACAUCCUUGUAGAGGUGACCACAGCACAAGGUGCCAUUCACAGCUACCUGGGAUCUCCUUUCUGGAUCCACCAGGCUGUGCUCCUCCCCACCCCAAGCCUGCACUGGAGGGAGGUCUCAAGUGGAAGGCUGGAGUUGGAGUGGCAGCACCAGUCAUCUUGGGCAGCUCAAGAGACCUGCUAUCAGCUCCGGUACACGGGAGAAGGCCAUGAGGACUGGAAGGUGCUGGAGCCGGCUCUAGGAGCCCGGGGAGGGACCUUAGAGCUGCGCCCCCGAGCUCGCUACAGCUUGCAGCUGCGUGCCAGGCUCAACGGCCCCACCUACCAAGGCCCCUGGAGUGCCUGGUCUCCUCCAGCUAGGGUGUCCACGGGCUCCGAGACUGCUUGGAUCACCUUGGUGACUGCUCUAUUCCUGGUACUGAGCCUCAGUGCCCUUCUGGGCCUACUGCUGCUGAAGUGGCAAUUUCCUGCACACUACAGAAGGCUGAGGCAUGCUUUGUGGCCCUCACUUCCAGACCUACACCGGGUCCUAGGCCAGUACCUUAGAGACACUGCAGCCCUAAGUCCUUCGAAGGCCACAGCUACCGAUAGCUGUGAAGAAGUGGAACCCAGCCUCCUGGAAAUCUUACCUAAGUCCUCUGAGAGGACUCCUUUGCCCCUGUGUCCCUCCCAGCCUCAGAUGGACUACAGAGGACUGCAACCUUGCCUGCGGACUAUGCCCCUGUCUGUGUGUCCACCCACGGCUGAGACGGGGUCUUGCUGCACCACACACAUUGCUAACCACUCCUACCUACCACUAAGCUAUUGGCAGCAGCCCUGA